CUUCGCGGACGGGCGGCCAGCUUGCGAGGAGGGCCGGCUCCGAGGUCAACGACGACAAGGAGAUGCUGCAGAUGCUGAAGGAGUGGCGGGAGGAGACGCCCAAGAAGCCGGCGCCACCGAAGCCGGCCGCGGCGAGCGCCAAAGGCUUCGGGGCGCCGAAGGCCGUGGACUUCUCCCGCGCGGUGGACCUGGAGGUCUCCUCCGAGCCGAGACCGCUCCGAGCCAACGAUGCCAUCGAGGAGCUGAUGAAGCGGGGGCAGGCGUAUGCCGACCCGGUGGAGCUGGGCCCGCAGCAGCUGAUCACGAUCAUCUUCACGUUCUUCUCGGGUUGGCGCCAGAGGAAUGGCACCGCGGCGGGAGAUAUUGAGCUGACGAGGGUUCAGAAGCAGAUCGUCCUCCAGAUGGUCCAGGUGGCGCUGGCGACCCUGAGGUCCAGCAAGGACUUCUGGCCCACGAUUUGCGCCGAGCUCGGCGCGGGCAAGGACCCCGAGGCGGCGGGGAGUGCGUUCCCGUCCAUGUGCAAGCAGGCCCAGCACGCUGGCAGCGGCGGGGGGUCGGAGCAGCCAGAGCUGCGCGAGCACAGACGCUCGAAGCUCCGCGCGGAGUUCCCCGAGGCGGCGCCUCCGGCCUCUGGGGCGGCCGCGCCGCUGGCCUGGGUGGUAGUGGCGCUGGAGGCCGCGGCCUACGUUGGCCGCGGCCUGCCCGGCUUGCGAGCCGCCUCCCCGCGCGGCUUGCCCGGCCUGCGAGCCGCCGCCGGGUGCGACCCGCCCGGCCUGCGAGGCGGCCGGCGGCGACGCCGGGCGAGAGGGCGGCUGGGAGGCUCACUGGGGUGCUGCCCGGAGGCCUGGUGCACUGGCUGGUGGGAGUUCCCGGUCGCAGGCAUGACGACGCUCGUGUGGUGGCUCCUCAGCGUCGUGGGGCGGAGGUGGUGGACUAGAGCGCCCUCAGUGGAGCCUGGGGUCUGCCGAUUCGCCGGCGACGACGUCGAUGACGUAUGGGUGCAGCUGCACUACGUGGCAGAGGGCGGACGGGUCAUCCUGUCCCCAGAGGUUGACAUCUACGUGGAGGACAUGAGCUGCGGCAGGGCCGAGACCUGGCCUGCCCGACCCAUCCCGCUGGCGCAGCGGAUGGGCAGGAUGCGGAGGCUGUAUCGCUUCGAGGAGGCGCUGGGGCCUGAGAGUCGGGCCAAGACGCUGACGCGGGGCCGUCAGGCGGCGCUGGAGGAAGAGGCGGCGUCGCCUGAGCCGAGGGAGGCCGGGGCCGUGAGCGGCCAGCGGGUCUCGUGGCAGGAGGACGCUGGUAGGCGGCUGGCCGCGGAGCGGAGGGGCCUGCUGUACCUGAGCAUGGCCGUGGCUCGCCGGGCGGGGACGCCGCUGGAGGCUCCUGCCGGGUGUGACGCCUGGGUCGGCCGCAGUGGCGUGCCCGACGAUGUGAUCGGGGCGGAGGUCGACGUGGCGAAGACUGGAGGCCUGAGCUUCGAGGACGGGCCUGAGGCGUUCGGUGUGCUGAGGUCCGCCGACGGUGGCACGGGGCGACUCGGCCGGCUGGACGCGGGGUCGGACGCUGGGCGCCUGGCAGAGGAGGAGGCUUUCAGGCAUGGCCCAAGCAGGAGCCAGGCGCGUGCCAAGGGCCCCGAGCGCCGACGCACUGCGGCCGCGGCGCCGCUCGAGGAUGAGGAGCCCGCCGGGCCCCCACGCGGCACAGCUAUGCCAGAGCUGGCGCAGCCGCUGCUGGCGGGGCCGCAGGGCGAGCAACGUGACGCCCUCGCCCGCACGCUCUGGGUCUUCUACGACGAGCAGGGCGGACGGGACAGACGAUGGCGAGACGUGGUAGGCGAGUCGAGGCAGGGGCGCCGCCCAGACGCACGGGUGGGCAGACCGCCGGGGGCUCCCCACAUGCGCGGGCACAUGGUGAGGCACGGAGGCGACCUGCGGCUCGAGCCCGACCUCACCGUAUGCGUGAGGGGCCGUGGGGAGAAUGACUGGGUGGUGCAGAAGCUGAGGACGAUCGUGGAGGCCUGGUACCAGGGCUUAUCACGUGUCCAGCUGAACAUGAGCGGCCUGAUGAUGGUGGGGAAGAUGACUCACCGCGGGUCCGCCACGCUGGAGGCCUACGGAGACCUGCUCAAGCCGAGCUGGACGAACGCGGACAUCUUCGCGGACGUGAGCUCGGAGAAGGACGUCUCGGGGUCAGAGCUCAGGGGCUACAUCCACCAGGGGGCGCAGAAGACGUACGAGGUGGAGCAGGCGCAGAAUCGGGCAGCCCGCAGCUUCCUGCCGCUCCCGCUGCUGGGCGACGCUGGCCGCCGAAUUCGCGGCAGGUCUUGCAGGGCGAGGCAGUUCGGCCGAGAGAAUCGGAUUGCGGCGGAGGUCAACGGUAUCGUCGAUGCCGUUAACUGGAUGUCGGGGUACGACUCGCUUCCUGGCCCAGCCAAUGACAUGCAGCGGGAUGCACUUGCGCGCUUCGAGGGCCUCGUUCGGGGCCGGCAGCCGGACGCCAAGUUGCAGGAUCCGCAGGCGGCCCUCUGGGAGCUGCUGCGGGGCCGCUCGCCAUACGACGGGCGCAGUGGCCCGACGACGGUCGCCUCCUACAGUGCAGGGCUCGUCAGCAUGCCGAUGGACGUGAGCGACUGCCCGCGUCUAGAGGACCUCUUGCCUGGCGAGGCCCUUGCUUUCCUGCAGGAGCGCCAUGAGCGCAUGUUGCGAGAGUCACCCUUGCCGACUGACGUCGAGCCAUACUUCGACUCGGUCCUCAAGUUCAACCACAAGGAGUACCGCGGCCUGGUGCGCCGGCUGCUGUCGGACCCUCCUGGGGUGGAGCUUUUGAGCAGCGAGGGCCUUGCCAGAAUCGAGGUGCACGUGCCAGACGCGGGCUUCUCGAACUACGAGGACCUCCGCGCCGCGCUGGAGGCGCAGCAGGUGUACAUCGGCAUGGCGGACGUGAAGGACUGCUUUCAUAGGAUGCGCAUUGAUUCGGCCCUCUCGCAGUACUUCUGCCUGCCGCCGGUCAAGGCUGGGGCUUUCGGCGUGACCGAGGUCGAGGGGGCCAAGGUGCAGACGUCGACGGCCAUCUACCCUUGCUGGCAGGUGCUGCCCAUGGGCUUCAGCUGGUCCCUCUUCUUCGCCCAGCGGGCCAACGAGGAGGUGAGCCGCCGCAGCAGCGCGCUCCUUCGGGGGCCCGGUCUCUCAGACCAUGGGCCACCGCUCGUGUUCGCGCCAGGCAGAGCGUCCCAGGAAGUCAGGCACUACGUGUAUGUUGAUAACUUGGGGGUCUUCUCGCUCUUCUCUGAACUCGUGAGCGGCGUGAUGAACCAGCUGACAGGCGAGUUCACCAAGCUGAGCCUACUGCUGCACAAAGACGAGCUGGUGCCGGACAAGGCAGUAGCGCUGGGCACGGAGAUCGACGGGGGCCAAUUGCGCACUCGUGUGACCAGUGAUCGGUUCUGGCGCUGCCGCCAGGCCGUGCGAGGCCUCCUAGCCCGCCGCCGUGUCAAGGGGUGGGCCGUGGAAGCAGUGCUGGGCCACCUAACCUUUUGUGGCCUCUGCUCGCGCGGCACCUUGUCAGCCUUCAAUUCAGUCUACGGCUUCGUGCGAGCCCACUACGACGAGGCGGCCGUGCUAUGGACUGAGGCGCGGCAGGAGCUGACGGCCUUCAGCUCUUUGAUGUACUUCCUGGAAUCAGAUUGGUGGCUACCUUGGAAUCCCUUGGCGCAGCAGUCAGAUGCCAGUCUUCACGGCUACGGACUGGCAAGGGCCUUUUGGCCGCGGGAGCUGGUGGAGUCAGUCGGGCGCGUGCCUGAGCGAGCCCGCUUCCGCCGGCGCUGCGCGCACAGUGCCCGCGAGGCUGCGCUCUGUGCAGCUGGUUUCAGCAUGAGCGAGAGUGGCAAAUGGGAACUCAAGGGCCUUCCUGAAGAUGAGGAGGAGCUGGGCCAGCGGGACGUUGCGAGGGACUUCCCGGAGGUGCCCGCCCGGGGGCUCCGCGCAGGUCUGCGGGAGCUCUGCUUCGCAAGAGCCUGGCAGCACCCUGAGGGCAUCCUGACCUUAGAGGCCCGAGCCCUGCCCGCGAUGCUGCCUGUGUGCCCGCGGGCGCCGGACGGGCGCGGCCGCUGCCUCGGCCCCCUGCAGACCAGACAGGGCGCGAGGCCAGGGGCGGGACGCCGGCGCACGCGGCGGCCGGCGCCGUCUCGCCUGAGGCCUGGCCUGGGGCCGUCUGCCCAGGGCCAGGAGGCGGGAUGCCCGUGGCAGCUUGCCCCUUUGCCGCCAGUGGCGCCGCUGCCGUCGCCGGCAGCUCGGCGGGAGCACCAGCUGUGCGAGUCGGAGCUCCUGAAGACAGCGGUGCAGGGCCGUCCCUUGCCGCGGAGCUUGGGGCAGAUGGCGGAGGACCUGAAGGAGAUGCCUGUGCCAGCGGAGCCCGCUCAGGGAGUGCGAGAGAGCGACGGCUCCUCCGACAGCGGGAGCUCCGAGCCCGAGGUCGAGACCGACGCCGCGCGGCAGCCCAGGCUCGCGCAGUCGCACGAGCGCCUUGCCCGCCACCACGGGUCCCCUUACCUGGAGAGGGAGGCCGCGUGGAUUCCGUCGCUGCGCGAGUACCAGAGGGUUGCGACCAUUGGCGAGGUCAUGGAGAGCAGGGACGAUGCCAUGGUGACCUCGGCGUUGGUGAGCCAGCUGACCGGACUGCACCAGACUGGGACUCACCCCUCCUGGGCCGAGAGGCUGAUGGUCGGCGUCCUGCACUUCGACCCCGACGGGUCGAGCUACGGUGCCUGGCGCCUCCCCCCGGGCUGGAGUUUCUGGACCCUGAGGCUCUCCCCGGAGGAGGAGGGCCCGUGGGAGAGAGCGGGCCUGGUGAAGGUGUCGAUAGAGUCAGACUCGCCCUGGACGCGCUUCUUGGGCCCUGUGCUGUGUCAGAUGAAGAAGGAGAAGCACCCCGAGUACCCGCGGAACUUCACGUGCCCAGAGUACCGCAGGAGGUUCAGCCUACGUCUCCAAGACCUGCCAGCAAGAGCCGAGUUGGUGCCGUAUCAGGUUUGCCUUUCAAGGGCCUUGGUAUGCAUGGCGAGGAGGUGGGGGCGGCUGGCCGAGGUGCAGACACGCUGGCAGUGGAGAGCCAAGCGCAGCGUCGUCCGCUACGAGAAGCACGCGCGCCUGGCAGCCACGUGGUCAACUCGGAGCCGCACGGUGCAAAACGUGUUCCUGGUCUGCGGGGUUCAGCUCGCGGACAUCAUUUCGGAUCGCGCCUCGCCGCUCGACUUGCGGGAGCUCGGAGGCGUGGGUCGGUCCGCAAUGGCCAUGGGCGUGCCAGCCAGGUUCUGGGACACGCUGCACGGGCCGGGCGGCGACCUCACCCGACGGAAGGUCCUGCGGGGCUUGUGCUCCGACAUCGCCGCAGGCCGCGUCUUGGCCGUGAUGCUGGGUACAGCAGAACUCCUGACGGCCUUCCUUCGCCGCGGCAACGGCCUCGGCGAGCGCAGCCCGCCCGGAGUGCGGGACCCGUGCCCGGCCUCCGCCGGAAGAGCAGAGCGCGCCGCCCUCGGCGACGGCGCCUGCCUCCCCGGGGGGCGGGUGCAGCGGGCGCUCCUCGCCUCUUCUCUCUUUGCCGCGCUGUGGCGACCGCUCAGCGCGUGCUCCGCGCGCCUGCUCGGGGGCACGCCCGGGGGUGCCACCGCGUGCCCGCGGCGGCGUGGAAAAG